AUGCCUGAUUCGGAUGGCCGGACUUUCGGACGGGAAUCCGCGUCGGACUCGCUCAACUCCAAGAACGACGAUUUUCACAGAAUUUAUCCUGCAAGCAUCAUGACUAGCGUCGCACAUAUUUUCCAGGAUGCGAUACGCUCAAGCUCCAAUCAUCGAAAGAAUACCGUCGCUUUGAGAAAGUUGCACCUGCGGAAGGGUCGGUCACUGGAGCAAGAAUUCUGCCAAUGUGUCCUGCACAUUCUACCGAUAAAGAAGGGAAACCCGGAGGCUGAACGAGCCGUCAAGUUUUUGACCGCCUAUCUAGACGCAGUUACUGCGGAAGUCAAUGGAGAAGUCCCGGAGAACGCAAAGGAGUUGGCCGACAGCCUCAUUUACACGCUUUUGACACUGUUGCUGAAGGGAUUUAAAGCAAAGGAUAAAGUAGUACGAUAUCGCGUGUGUCAGAUCGUCGGGAUCUUGUUGAACCCAAUGGACGAGUUGGACGACGACACAUUUCACAUUGUGAGGGAUCAGCUUAUGGAGAGGACACGGGAUAAGGAGGCUACAGUGCGCAUGCAGGCCGCAAUUGCACUCUCACGGCUUCAGGAAGGUGGAGAUGAGGAAGAAGAUAAGGUCAUUAGGGAGUGCUUGAUAAAUAUGCUUCAGUAUGACACUAGCGCCGAUGUGCGAAAGGCAGUGUUGUGGAAUAUAGAAGUGAACAGUGCCACAUUACCGUAUAUUUUGCAGCGAGUUCGAGACGUUGAUGCUCAGGUCCGAAAAUUGGCAUUCUCAAAAGUGGGAGAUGAUGUGGAAAAGAUGACGUUCCUUACCGUCGAUGAGCGAGACUCCCUCUUGCACAAUGGCUUAUCUGAUCGAGAUACCAACGUACAGAAGAGCUGUUUGAAAAUGCUCUGCGAACGAUGGGUCCCUGAAUGUAACGAUGACUUAAUCGACUUCCUUCGUCGAAUGGAUGUCAUCAAUGGCCAUGCGGCGGAGUCUGCAGCUAAAGCAUAUCUCUUGGCAAACCCCUCUUUAACAAUUCCAUAUGAUGAGGAAACUUGGAGUAACCUGGACGUGGAAGAAGCCUUCUUUCUGCGAACCGCGAUAGGUUUCUUUGCGGAGAACAAGAUGGAGGAGGAACUGGAGGCAGCACUCCCACCCUUGCUGCAUCAUUCGGAGCUGCUUCAGAGAUACGGCCUUCUGCUGGCGCAAUCAGAAGAUGCAGAAGAGAGGAUGGCGUUGAGCUUCAUUCUUAAGCAGUUACUGCUAACAGCGGAGAUGCAGGAUUUCACUGAUGAAAUGGGACGACGGGAAAUUCUUGUCAGUCUAAGGGACAUGCUCAGCUCUAUCGAUUUAUCGAAAGACAAUAUACUCAUUGUUGUCAGCAUACUGAAGACGCUGUCGUUGAAUGAGAGUGACUUUACCAGGAUUAUCAUCGAAGUGUUGUAUACAAUAUACGACGUUGAUAUGACUGAUCCCCAGUCCACGCAGGAAGCUGAUACAUCGCAAACGGAGGGCAUGGAUGAGGUUGAAAAGUCCGUAUUAUUACUGAAAUGCCUGGAUAUUAUCGGCUGCGUGCUGGAGUGCACCGAACAGGACCUCAGAGAUAACGCAUCGAUGAAUGGGAUUCUGGAUAGCUUCAUCCUACCAUCAUUAAAAAGUGAUCAUCCAGCGAUACAGCAAACGGGUCUCCAAUGUCUUUCGUUAGCUUGUCUCCUGGAUAAGUCACUCGCCCAAGCUCAUCUUCCUCUGUUUAUGAGUGCGUUCAACGACAGCCGGCAGGAGCUUUCAGUUUUGGCUCUUAAGGUUUUCUUCGACCUUACUAUUCUCUUCGGGACCGAUCUUUUAUCAGAUCAGGGGCUUUUAACUGAGCUGAUCAGCGAGACGCUACAAUGCGACGAUCAAGAGCUACUUACCCUGGCUGUUGAGGGCGCCGCAAAGUUGAUGAUGCUCCGUUAUUUGACAAAUCAAACCGUGUUGCAGCAGCUUGUGGUCCUGUACUUUCACCCACAUACGAAGUCUAUGAAUAGACUGAGACAAUGCCUCAGCUACUUCUUGCCUGUCUUUGCACAUGCGUCGCAUGCUAAUCAAGCACUUCUGCAGACGGUUGUGGUGCCAUGUCUGCAGAUCUUGAUACAAGAGUACGCAGUGAGCAAGGAUGCCAUGAUCCAGCCAACCCAGAUUGGGCAGCAACUUGUGGAUUGGACAGAUGUGAGAAAAGUCGUACAAUUUGAACAGAAAGAAGAAACCAUGGACGAAGGGCUGCAUGGCGAUAUGGCGAUUGAGUUGCUGCAGGCCGCCGUGCAAGAGGACGACCCUGGUACUCAAAAGAUCUACUGCCAGUUGCUUAAUAGAUUGCAUAUUGGCAUUUUUGUCGGUAUAAGACGGUUGUGUCAAAUCGCAGAGUUGCUAUGCUCGUUCUUGGAGGCGCUUCCCAAGAACUCUCCGGUGCUCAUUGGGUUAAGAAAAUUUGCACGAUUUAUUGCGGACAUCGAGGAGGACAAGCUAGAGCAUCACGACGAAGAAGAAUUUUUAGAAAAACAGAAGCUUACUGUUUUAUUGGGAGAGCUGCGGAUGGGGCUAGGUGGGCCGCAGGAGACAGAAGUAGGAAACGAGGAGGAAUAA